AUGAAAGGCCACAUGCAUAAUACUUUAGAGAAGUUACGCAUUCUGAAUUAUUUCAAGGUACGGCAUAGAUCAUGCAAAACGUCUACCCCAAUUGAGAUUAGUUGGACUCCUCAUAAUCAAGAUGAAAUUAUGAUCUGUUGUAAUGGUGCAUCUUUCGGAAACCCAGGCCAAGCUGGUUCAGGUGUUGUUUUCUGUGAUGCAAGUUCGAAGGCACUUGGUGUUCUUUGUGUUGGACUUGGUUGGCAAACAAAUUUAUAUGCGGAAGUAUGUGCGAUUAUUUAUGAUGCGAUUAUGGCUAAGAGAUGGAAUAUGCGGAGUAUUUGCAUUCGUUCUGAUUCGAAGAGUUGCAUUCAAGCUUUUCAAAACGGUGAGCUACCUUGGCAGCUGGUGCAGAAGUGGAAAAUUGCGAAGUCUUACUACAUCAACGUUCGUUAUCUUCAUAGCUAUAGGGAGGUUAAUUUCUCAGCUGAUGCCUCGGCAAAGCAAGCAUGUUUGCUGGCUGAGGAUAUUUUUGAGUUUUUUGAGGGUAGGCCGGGUUUUAUUCCAUCUGUGGAAUGGUCUGGAAGGGAUUAUUAUCGUUUCAAAUAG